AGAUAGACAAAUGUUCAGCUUAAGUGAGCUAAAAUAUAAAAAGCAUUCAAAAUAGAACAAGAUAUAAAUUAAGGUUGCUAAACUAUACGAGCAUGUGUGGUACUUUUACUUGGAAAUAAAGAGGAUGUUUCAAGGGAAAGAUUAAGGUUGAGUUAAGAAAAAAGAAGUUGCACCCACCAAAGGUCAGUAUGAAAUACAUGAUGAGCGACACACAGAGCAGCAGAGAUUAGUAUGACAAUGAAAUAUACCGAUAGUGAAUAAUCAAUUUUAUUUCGUUAUUUAAAAAAAUAAAAACAAAACAAAGAAACAACACUUUAUAAAAAACUGUUCUUUCAUCCACUUCCUGAAACCCCGCAACGAAUGAUACUAUAUAUGGGUCAUAAAACUUCCUUCUUCGUAAUGCCCUAAAUGCUCGCACAACUGAUGUCCUUACAAAGCUAGAAAGGAAGAGAAAAACUUCAUUCGUGAAUCAUAAUUUCAUUAAAAUGGAGGCUCUGUGAAGUGAUAUCAUGAUCAUCUUUCGACAUCUACUGGUCUUGGAAUUGUAUUUAUAUGCGGGGGUACUGAUAAAAUCUUUGCUAACUUCAAAAAUUGACGAGAAUUAUACUGUGUAUGACGAAGUCACAAGUUUUGACACCACGCUCAAAAUCCUGGACGAGAUACGUGAUAAACCAUGUCUUCCCUGUUUUAAAAAAAUAAAUAACUGGAAAGGACUUCAUUCAUUUUCACAGUAUUCCACAUCAGACGAUCAGGAAAUAUGCAGACAGAUCAAAUGUAGUUUUCAAGGAAGAUGUCUAAGGUUUAAAGACGACGGUUGCUAUUCAUGGGCAAUCACGGUCAUCUUAGAAAAGAAGAAGUACGUACUCUUUUCGAAGACCGAUGCAUCUUCAGAUAAGAACACCAACUUGAAUAUCACUUGUUACGACACAGGAACAGCACACAAGCAAAGACGUUUUGCAUUGAAUCGUAGCCAUGCGAAAUUCAAAAGACAUACAGGAAAAGACCAUUCACACCGGCGUACAACGAACAAAUUUCAAUCAACUUCUGUAGUUACAGAGUCAGCUACCAAGAAAACGAAAAAGGAAAAUACUAGACAAACAAAUAAGAGAGAGUGUAAAAAGAAGUGCAGUAAUAUAAAAGUGAACACCGCCAUUGCAACUUCAACAGAAAUCUCAACAACUGUUUCCAAAGAAUUCCGACAUAAGACAAGCAUCUCGGAUAAAGAACUCACCGAUAAAGAACGCAGUGACGAUGUCAGUGAUAGUAGUAACGGCGACGAUGACGGUGGUGAUUCCAACGAUAAUGAUGACGAUGAUGUUGACAGAUAUAAUGGUAACGACGAUGAUGAUGAUGACAAAGCCACUGAAAGAGGCAAUAAAGAUAAUCUUGAUCGGAAAUGUCGGAAAAAUUGUAAACAGUGUCGACGUUGUUCCGGAAAUAAGAAUUUAAAUGACUGUGUAAAUACAGGAAACCAGAAGAAAUGUCCUGAAUGUACUAGUAUUGGCAUCUUGUUUAUUACACACGUCAUUGCAGCAGGGAUUGGUGCAGGGAUUUUAUACUUCGUACAGUUUAUCAAGGAGUAUCGAAGAAAAAGAAAUAAAGAACCGAAACCGGAAAGUAAUGAAGGUAUGAUUAAUGCAUCUUAUGGACACACGAGAGGAACUGCCAUUCUGCAGACGUCCAAUGAUAGCCACCAGGAAGAAGGUAUCUACAGUGAAGUGGACGACAAACCUGAGUCGGUUUUGUUUAAUAUCACCGGUUCCAAUUGUUCAACGGGAAGGGUGUUAAACGACAGGAAACACUCCAAACUACCAGAUGUACCUCAUAAGUACGACCGAGACGAAGAGUACUUACUUCCGCAAAAUACCAAAGAUCUUUUGUUGUCAGAUACACACUCCCAUUCUUUAGAAAAAGUAAAGACAUCAACAUCAAUUCUGCGGGAGAAACUGUUAUUGAAAGACGUCAAUGAGUUAAAUCAAGAAACAGAACGUGAUAACAUCCUGCAGGAUACGUUUGUGGCAGAUAGUGGACAUGACGACUAUUUUGUUCUUCAGAAAGCAGAUGACAUGAAUCUCAAGUAAUGGAGCUUUAUACGACGGCAAUAUUUCGUACACUGUUAAUGUUUAUAUAACCCAUAGAACACGCUAUUGUUAAAUUUUCGUAACAUCAUGGACUUAAAUUGUUUCGAUCAUCAUUACGCCACUCAGUAGUGCACUUGUUAAGAACAAGGGACGUUAUUGGCCAAAAUUGGCCGCGCUUCAAAAACCGAUCAUAUUUUGCAGGUAGAAAGGUGAUGAUUUUCUCGUUUCAUUCAUAUAUAACAUGUACCAUUUACUUAUUGCUGAUAUUGAGAAAAUAACGUUACAACAUUGCAUUGUUAACUCUGACGCUCUCUUCCGACGGUCGCUUUUUCGGAACGACGUCAUCGACCUUAUAGGAUUUACAGUCCCCUGAUUCGUCUAGAAUAUUUUUCUAAAAGUUACAAUUUUAACUUUUUAUAUAAAAAUACUCAUUGGGAUCAAAGACUAUUGAAAACUGGCAUGCAAUGGAAAAUACAUUAUUCAUUUACAUGUAACUUUAUCGUGGUCAUAGACAUUUUGCGGAAGAAUCUUGUGUUGAUUGGAGUGAGGAAAAUAAUGCAUGUAUUUGUCAAAAAUUGUUGAGUAGAACGCAAUCAUAUUUUCGAAGGUGCUGUUCAAUGUCCUCCUAUUCAAAUGAAAUAUGGAAAAUAAAAUCGCUCUUGAAUUUUC